AAAAACAGAUUUUAAGGUAACACUGAAAUAGCAGUCAAAAAUGUUCGUCAUAAAUUUAGAAAUUAUUUAGUUCGAUUCGGGCACGGCAGCACGGAACAUGUCCCAGAUAAAUAAUAUAUUCAUAAAGCUGCGAGCCCGUCUGCGGGAGCGCGAUAUCAAGUUGUGGGAGGAGCCGUACUACUUCGAGGAGGUGGGCAGUAUCGAGUCGGAGAUGGACCGCCUGGCCAGGGACAUCAGUGGCGAGCUGGGCAUCAGCGUGUCGGACUGCAGGAUUGCCUUGACCGAAUUGCAGGAUGGUGCCUUGAGGAAGCUGGCGGCUCGCAAGGAGUUCAAUGACACCGGAUUGGCCACGUUCAAUGUGCGCUGUGUGGACAGCGCGGGUGGCACCGUGCAGAUGCUGGAGAUCAAGUGUUCGCUGGGUGGACUGGGCUCCGAUUUGCAAGCGGAGGUGGCCAAGAAGCUGGAUAUCGAUGAUCCCAGUCAUGUGAAGUGCAUCUCCGCAGGACGCAUAAUCAAUGGGCAUAAGACACUGGCCUCGCAGGGGCUCAAAACCAAUCAGCACCUCAUGGUGGUUGUGGGUGGAACUAGUGGAGUUCAGGAGUUGCACGAACGUAUCCAAAGGAUUCGUGCGGACUUGGAGAUAGUUGCGGAUGCAGAUCGCUUUAUGGAAAUGGAGGAUCAGGAUGGACGCCCAAUUUUCCUGCCACGAGAGGAAAAUCGAUCCCUAUUGAUGGCCUUGAGCAUGUACGAAGUGGCCAGAGUUGCCAUGCGUAAGGAGAACUUCGAUGAGGCUCUACUUAUCCUACUCGAGGCCGAUGAACUCUUCUCCCAAUGUGACUCAAAGCUCCUGGAAGGAGUGGAUAACUAUGCCUUAAUCAAUCUAGAUAUUGUGUGGUGCUAUCUGCGCCUGAAGAACAUCACCCAACUACCAGAUGCACAGCGACGUUUGGAUAUCUGCGAGAGGGGCUUUGUCAAGAGCUACGGCGAGCAGUUCAUUCGAUUGUUCUCGAUAAAGGGUCCAAGUAGCCCGGAAAGAGCUUUGAUCAUGAGACUGCACCUGCUCCAAGGUGUGCUCCUCUUUCACCAAAAUCGGCGGGAUGAGGCCUACGAAAAACUGGAGGUGGCGACAAUGGACUUGAAUGAGGUCAAGAUGAAUGACACUGAGCUUAGCACUCUCGUUGAAAUGGGCUAUGAGGAAUUGGAUGCCAGGUUGGCCUUGAGAUCCUGUGCGGGUCAAGUGGAUAGGGCCAUUCAAUUUAUCCAGGAACGCAGCGAGAGAAUCCGUGAGGAGCGCCAGAAAUCGGCUGCCGAGAGGAAAGUCAACCAAGAGAUGAUUUCUGCCGGUCAGGGAGAAGAAUGGAUUAAUCCGCGCAGCAUUAUUAGGCUCAUGGAAAUGGGCUACGAAAGGCGUUUGGUUGUGGAGGCUUUGAAGAGGACCAAAAAUAAUCUCGAUCGCAGUUUGGAUCUACUGCAGCGCCAUUCAGAUGAACUUAGGGCCCGUCUGCCCCCCAUUCCUCCUGUCGAUGAAUCGCUACUUACCACUCUUCAGCACCUUGGAUUUUCGGAAAUUUCCGCUCGAGAUGCUCUGGAAACUACGGGCAACAGUUUCCAAAAAUCUCUGAAAUUUCUAUUGAAAAGUUUCCCCAAUGAAUCGGAAUUACUUCCUGUUAUUGAAACCAUCACAAAGAUUUUGGAGGUUCAAGGACCUUCGAGCUCAACUAGUGCAACUGCAAAUAGCACCACCUCACACGUAGACUUAUCCACCAGCAAGGUGAACAUGCUCAAGACUGUUCUUAGUGAGGCCAAGUCGGAGAUUGAGUCUUACAAUGCCUUCAAGAGAUUCAACGAGAACCUCGCCGAAAACAGCAACCACUACUUAAACUUGCCCUUGGAUCAGGAGGAGCAAAUUCUGAUCGAGUAUAAACGUUUGCUCGAGGGCUAAUAAGAAAAAAAUUAUUUUUAAAAAAUAUUUGUAAAUCAAAAAUAGCCAAUAAAUAAGUACGUAUAAAUAUUUA